CAAAGGACAAUUCUAGACAUCUUAUUGGUUCCAACAAUAAUUUAUCCAAGCCUAGUUGUAAAGGUGAACCUAAGCAAACAUAAAACGCGAAUCCCACAUUUUUCCCUAGGAUUUUAGUCCUUGAGGUUUGCAUGACUGCGCUCGUCGCCUGCGUUUAAAUUUCAAAACUCACGUAACGCCAACAGCUCGUUGCGUCGGGGCUCGUUGCGUGCCUUGUGAAACGUUGAGCGUGUUCGUUCGUUGAGCUGUUUGAUACAGUUUUUCUCUCGUCCCUGUUAGUGAAAUUUGCGUGAAACAGAGCGUUCGCGUCAAGGAAAGGAAAGGAAAAAAGCAAUCGUUAGAACCGGCGAGCGGACUUGAAAGUUCUUGGAGCAAUGCUGAUAGCGUCAGCGUGACGGUUUUGCGAUGCGAGAACGGCUUCACUAGGCUGCAACGAUGGUCUUCAACAAGAAGAGUUCGACGAAAGGAAAGGUCGAAUUCUCGUCUGCCGUAGCGAUGAACGUGAACGGCUCGGUGAAGCCGAGCACGAGCGGGGCCGUGAACGCGCAGGGCGAGGAUUCCGCCGAGAUCAAGGUGAUCGUGAGGGUUCGCCCACAAAAUGACCGCGAGCUGCAGAACAACGGCAAGACGAUCAUCGAGGUCGUGGACAACAAGAUGCUGAUCUUCGAUCCGAAGGAGAAGUCGACGUCCUUCUUCUUUCACAACGUCGCUCAGAAGAACAGAGACAUGCUGAAGAAGCAGAACAAGCAACUGCAGUUUAUCUUUGACAGAGUCUUUGACGAGACGUCCACGAAUAACAAUGUGUUCGAGGGGACUACCAAGAACUUGAUCAGCAGUCUCCUCGACGGCUACAACUGUUCCGUGUUUGCUUACGGUGCUACUGGUGCCGGCAAGACUCACACUAUGCUGGGUAACAAGGAGGAUCCCGGUAUCACGUAUCGCACCGUCGCGGAACUCUUCUCUGAGAUCGAGAGGCAGGGCAAACACCGUGAAUUUACCUUGUGCGUGUCUUAUUUGGAAAUAUACAACGAGAUUGUACAGGAUUUGUUACACAAAUCGGGCCCACUACACCUGAGGGAGGACGGAAAGUGCGAAGUUAUCGUCGCUGGGUUGAAACCGAUUGCCAUCACAAGUGCCGAAGAAUUAUUGUUACUGUUGGCGGAGGGCAACAAGAACCGUACUCAGUAUCCAACAGAUGCGAACAAGGAGAGCAGCAGAAGCCACGCAGUGUUCCAGGUGUACAUCAAGAUAACGAACAAGCUAGAUAGCCAAGUGCAGAGAGUCAAACUGUCCAUGAUUGAUCUAGCGGGAUCCGAAAGAGCCUCAGCCACCGGAUGCAAGGGCAUAAGGUUCAAGGAAGGCGCCAACAUCAAUAAAUCUUUACUGGCUCUGGGCAACUGCAUAAAUAAUCUAUCGGAUGGCAUCAAGUACAUUCCAUACAGAGACUCCAAGCUGACAAGGUUGCUGAAGGACUCGCUCGGCGGUAAUUGCUACACCGUUAUGAUUGCCAACAUCGCUUCAUCCAGCUUCACCUACGAGGAUACGUACAACACCCUGAGAUAUGCGAAUCGAGCGAAGAAGAUCAAAUCGACCGUGAAGAAGAAUGUCUCCUGCGAGAUGCACGUCAGCGGUUACAUUAAGAUAGUGGAGGAGCAGAAGAAGGAGAUCGAGAGCCUGAAAGCGAGAUUGGCAGCUUACGAGAGUGGAGCGUUGCAACUGACGCUCGAGAACAAGGCGAAUAAAUUGCUCACGGAGGCGCACAGCAAGCUCGGAAAAUUAUACGACAAGAAGAGAGAGCUGAUUCAGAAGAUGCUGGUGUUAGAGAGCUCCGAUAAGAUCUUGGCCUGCAGGAUACUCUACAAGAAGGACGCCGAUGCGAGGCUGCACGGUCUAACAGCGGCCGACAACGCCUUAUCGUCGGAGGAGCAAAAUGCUAGCGGGAAAACGCGCAUUAACAAGUCGCUGCAUUACUUCCAACGGCAACGGGAUUCCCUGAAGGCACAAAUGGAACCGAUAUGGCAGGAAUUGUGUUCAGUCGAAACGGAGAUACAAAAGAUAACUGCUUCGCAGCCGGACGUUAACUCUACAAACGAGAAUUCGCAGAGUAAACAGAUCUCCGAGAUUGACAAGUGCUGGAUUUCCGGAGUGCUGCAACACCUGAAGAAACUGAGUAAUCUCCUGCGAUGUGAGAGGCAAUCGAUUAACGCGAUAACGAAAAUGAUGAGCGAGGUCCUCCAGAAUUAUUAUAACAUGAUGAAAGGAUACGGGACAAUGACGGACAAGAUGCAGCUGGAGUUCAAAGAGUUAGUAAAGAUGCUCGAAGGCUUCCGAAAUAUUAAAUGGUCCGAUUGGGACUCGGCGGCGAGCACGGAAGAUUUCAGCAUGUUCACAUGCCUGAGUACGGCAGCGAUGGACCCAUUAAAUAAUCCUAUGCCGAUACUGCGAGCCGAGGUUGACAAUGAGGAGAACGACAUUUUCGCGACGAAUAUCUUGAAUUCGACUUUCGACGUUGCUUCGCUGUUAUUGAGAGACAAUUAUACCGACGAUAAUUCCAACGAAAACAACGAUGAAAGUAACGUGCCGAGUAGCAAAUCUAUGCAGGAAAUUCCAUAUGAAGAGAAAACUACUGUAAAAGGGAUCGCUAGGAAACGUGUGCUAUCCGAGAAGAAUAGCGAACACGGCGCUACCCUGCCAAAACAAACAAACAAGCUACCGACGAGUAAUAAAAGUAUUGUGCAAGAUAAUAAUCGAACGGGCAAGGAGAAUAUAAAUAAGCAGAAAUCUUGCCAAAUGAGCGCGAAGAAUCUUGCCAUUCUGAAUAAAUUUAAGAACAGUACGGGUAACAUCGCGCGGCUUCCACCCGGACACAAUAAUGCUGAAGAACGAAAGGACGUGACGCUUAAAGCAAUGCGUAACAAAGAGAGGCGUGGACUCAUGACAACGCAUCCGUACCAUAAACCAGCUGUCGGAAAAAAGUCCACUGCUAUGCCAUCGACCAGAGUUCCAUGGUGACGUUAAUCAAAAAUUUAAUAUUUAUAUCUUUUGUACUAAUUUAAUGUAAUGACUAAGACGGAUUUACAAACAUUAUGCCAAAUGAAAAUUUAAAUAAGGAUCUACCAAGUACACUUGAGGAAAACGUACGUACGUGUUGAAUUGAAUUCAAUUACUUUUUUCUUAAAUAGAUAUUAGACUAUAUUUAUAUAAAAUAAAA